CCUGCCCCGCGGCCGCGUUACUACCGGCCCUGCUCCUUUAAGAGGGGGCUGGGCUCCCGGUGACCCCGCGUGAUGUCCGCCUCUUCCUGGUUGCCAUAGACACCGCCUUCCAGCGUCCCAAAAUGGCGUCGCUGCUGCCGGAGGAGGUGUUCGAGACGCGCGGGCAGGCCCCGGCACCCAGCAAGGACUUCUGCCAGCUGCUCCUGGAAGCCUUUGGUAGUCAUGCACACACACACGCAUGCAGAGCUAAUCCCUUAGCUGAGGUAAUUUUCAGGUGGUGGAAAAUCUCACUUAGAAAUGAAUUUCGUGAAUCAAGACCUGGAGAAAUUAAAGAAUCCCAAGAGGAAUUUUUAGAUGAUUCAUCUCUUCACAUUCAGAUUGCUGUAUUGUUUGGUGCCAAAGUUCUGGAACAUGUCCUCAGCCUCUGCCGAGGUAACUAUGACUUCCUGGAACGGCUUCCUGUCCCAUUGCUCCUGUACAUCAUUUCCUUUCUGGAGCUUGAAGAUAUUGCCAGGCUUUCUCAAGUUUCACGGAGAUUUGAAUAGAUAUGUAACAGUAAUGCACUAUGGGAAAAUAUUGUGGAGAACUUGUGUGACACAAUUACACCUGAAAUGAAAGAACUUGCACAGGAAAUGGGCUGGAAACAAUUCUUCUUCACAAACAGAAUUCCGCUACAGCUGCAGCUCCGAAGGAGAAGGCAGAACAAGAUGCUUGGAGCAAAAAACUUAACAGAAUAAAGGUGCAUUUUUCAUCGAAGCAGUUGUUAUAAGGUGCGGAUUUGCUGUUUAUCAGGUCAGACAUGCUGACUUUUCUGCUUUAUGAGAGAAAGCAGAUUAUUUUAAGGAUUGAAAGAGGAAAAACAAAAUAUGUCUUACUCGGAGAAACAUGUAAAUAAUACAGAGUUUAGUAUGUUGGGCAUCCUGAAAUUGUAUUGCGGUCAGCAUCCUAACAGUUACUAGCCACAGAAGAGGUUGUGGCUUCUUUGUACUUCUUCGUUCUGACUUCUCCAUUCUGUAUAUAUGCUAUACACACUCUGUGGCUUCUCUCGGAUGCUGUGGCAUUGUCAUCACUACCUUUAUAGCAAACCAUCUAUCAUUGCUUAUGAAUGCUAAGGUUUUUACUGUCCACCACGGUAAAUCAGCAGUGUUUACAGGCAAGUCACAUGUAGCUGGUUCCAGAGUUUGAUGUGUGUUAAAAUGUUUUAAAAUUAAUUAUCUAAGCCUCAAGCAAGUAAUAAUUUUGUCACCAAGAAGAAACUUCUUUGGUGACUGAGGAUGUGGAUCAAAUGAUCGUCCUCAUCUCGGACAAUCCACCAAAAUCAUGUUUGGGGCACUCCGCCAGAAUGGCAGGUGGGCAAGACUUUUCCGUGAUGUUGCUGGUGCGGGACCUUCUGAAAGUAAUUGACUUCCAUUGUUCGAGCUGCAUAUUUGCGAAGAGACAUCUGCUGUCUUAAAAGACUGUAGCAGUGGUUACUGAAGAGUGUUGUAAAAUGAAGGCAGUUCUUACUGGCAUUACUGACUUACUCCAACAAUUAACUUCAGUAAUUAAGAGAACACAUAUUAUUACUCAGAAAGUACCAGUUGAUGCCAUCGACCAGACUUAAGACCCGAGUAUUAAAACCAGUGGUUGCAGUAUUUGGAUAUAAUAGUGUAAUAUUUGAAGCAUGUAUUAGGUUUCCAAUUUUUUAACGUCAACUAUUAAACUUGAAUUUUAUAGAUUGAUUAAAAGCUAUGAAUACAGGGUUCUUAUAUCAUGCUAUUUCUUUAUAAAGCAGUAUUUUAAUU